UUUUGCGUCACGGCGUGGGCCACAUCUGUCGCGGAAUGAUGAUGUGCGCGCCAGGCCCGGGGCUGUCAGUCAGUCGGAGCUCGGCUUCGGCGUCGCCGAGGGUCCUGCGGGGCCGGCGCGGCCAUGGCGGCCGUGUUUGAUCUAGACCUGGAGACCGAGGAAGGCAGCGAGGAGGAAGGCGAGCCGGAGUUCAGCCCCGCGGAUGUGUGUCCCCUGGCCGAGUUGAGGGCUGCUGGCCAUGAGCCUGUGGGACAGUAUGAGGAGGUGGAGCUGACCGAGACCAGUGUGAACGUGGGCGCUGAGCGCAUCGGUCCCCACUGCUUUGAGCUGCUGCGCGUGCUGGGCAAGGGGGGCUACGGCAAGGUGUUCCAGGUCCGAAAGGUGCAAGGCACCAACUCGGGCAAAAUCUAUGCCAUGAAAGUCCUGAGGAAGGCCAAAAUCGUGCGCAAUGCCAAGGACACAGCACACACUCGGGCUGAGAGGAACAUUCUGGAGUCUGUGAAGCACCCGUUCAUUGUGGAACUGGCCUAUGCUUUCCAGACAGGCGGCAAGCUCUACCUCAUCUUGGAAUGCCUCAGUGGUGGUGAGCUCUUCACACACCUGGAGCGAGAGGGCAUCUUCCUGGAAGACACGGCCUGCUUCUACCUAGCGGAGAUCACACUGGCCCUGGGCCAUCUCCACUCCCAAGGCAUUAUCUACCGAGACCUCAAGCCUGAGAACAUCAUGCUCAACAGCCAGGGCCACAUCAAGCUGACAGACUUUGGCCUCUGCAAGGAGUCCAUUCACGAGGGCGCCGUCACGCACACCUUCUGUGGCACCAUUGAGUACAUGGCUCCUGAGAUCCUGGUGCGCAGUGGGCACAACCGUGCGGUGGACUGGUGGAGCCUGGGGGCUCUGAUGUACGACAUGCUCACUGGAUCGCCACCCUUCACCGCAGAGAACCGGAAGAAGACCAUGGAUAAGAUCAUCAAGGGGAAGCUGGUGCUGCCGCCCUACCUCACUCCAGAUGCCCGGGACCUUGCCAAAAAGUUUCUAAAGCGGAACCCCAUCCAGCGGAUAGGAGGCGGCCCUGGGGACGCUGCUGACGUGCAGAGGCACCCCUUCUUCCGCCACAUCAACUGGAAUGACCUCCUGGCCCGCCAUGUGGACCCUCCUUUCAGGCCGAGUCUGCAGUCGGAGGAGGAUGUGAGCCAGUUUGAUACCCGCUUCACACGGCAGACGCCGGUGGACAGCCCGGAUGACACGGCCCUGAGCGAGAGCGCUGACCAGGCCUUUCUGGGCUUCACCUACGUGGCACCCUCUGUCCUGGAUAGCAUCAAGGAGGGCUUCUCCUUCCAGCCCAAGCUGCGCUCCCCCCGGCGCCUCAACAGCAGCCCCCGUACCCCUAUCAGCCCCCUCAAGUUUUCCCCUUUUGAGGGGUUCCGGCCCAGCCCUGGCCCACUGGAGGCCAUGGACCCACCUCUACCUCCACUUCUGCCGCCCCCAUCGCCGCCGCCACCCUCGAGCACUGCCCCGCUCCCCAUCCGGCCCCCCUCAGGGGCCAAGAAGGCCAAGAAGGGCCGCGGGCGCCCCAGGCGCUAGGAGGGGGGUGAGGCCCCGUGCCGGCUGUGGCCGGAGACCGAAAGGAGUCUGGUGAGGAUGCUGAGCCCCAGAAUCAUGCACAUGGAUUGGCCGCACACUGCAGCAGGCAUGGGGUCCCCCUGUGGGGGACGCCCCACUUAGCUGUGCCCGUGUAGAAUUAAAGGACUGAAUCAUGG